GUGACACAUCAAAACUUGACAACAGCUCAGCGCAGCAAACAGUGGUGCUCAGGGAUCUACGGUCAAACUACUGUCAAAAAGGCACGGUAAAGUCACAGUUAACCUGGAUAAUUUAAGAUAACACCGUUGCCUCCUACUAUAACACAAGGGACUGAAAGUAAAGGGGAUUUGGUUGUUGAGAUUCUACCAUUGUCAGCUGUGAAGGUAUUUCUGUGAUGGAGUUUCCAGAUUUAGGUGAACACUGCUCUGAGAAGACCUGCAAACGUUUAGAUUUUCUUCCUAUGAGAUGCGAUGCCUGUCAGGAGAUCUUCUGCAAGGACCACAUAAGCUAUGCAAAUCACAAAUGCAUGUCAUCCUACAAGAAGGAUGUCCAGGUCCCAGUAUGUCCUUUGUGCAACACCCCCAUUCCCGUCAAGAGAGGGGAGAUGCCCGACAUUAAAGUCGGUGAACACAUUGAUCGGGACUGCAAAUCAGACCCUGCACAAAGAAAGAGAAAAAUUUUCACAAAUAAAUGUUCUAAAGGAGGCUGUAAGCAGAAGGAAAUGAUGCGAGUAACCUGUGACCAGUGCCAUUUAAAUUACUGUCUUAAACAUCGGCACCCACUAGACCAUGAUUGUAAGACUGAUGGGAAACCUCUGUCCAAAUCUGGACAUGCUGCUGUAACGAGGGCCCAAGGUGCUUCUUCCACCUCCACUUCUGCCUCCAGCUCCAAUUCAUCUGCUUCAGGAAACUCUAGACCUGUUUCUAAUGGUGUGAGAGCAAAUACCAGAGGCCCCAACAGCGGCACUACCCCACGGAUUCCUACUUCUGUUUCAGCACAGAAUGUAAUACCACCCUCAGCUUCAUUUCAGGCCGGCUUGACGGAGGAGCAGGCUUUACAAAGGGCUCUGGAGAUGUCUUUGGCUGAAUCAAGGCCGACAGUUCAGCCGGCCCUUAGCCCUCAGGAGCAGGAGGAUCUGGCUCUGGCUCAGGCUCUCGCUGCCAGUGAAGAAGAAUACAGACGCCAGCAGCAGAGACAACAGGUACCCGGAAAGCUUAGCCGUCACUAGCAUGCUAACAGGAACACAUGGGAGAGAAUCCAAACAGUCCAACUGCAGCCUUUCUUAAUCACAGAUCACCAUUUAAACUUCAAGCUGUGCUAAUUAUCUACUAGAAACUGCACAUCUGGGAUAUCAAUAACCAGGAUCAAUGAUUGUUACAUGAAGAAAUCCUCUCGGAAGUUGCUGAGAUAUUACCGCCUUCUACAAUAAAAAGCACAUACUUUCCCAGCAGGAUCUGUCAUUUUUACUAAUGAUUUGCUCUGUACAUAUUUUAUAUGCUGAUCAUGAUGAACCCAUUAUAUUACCAUAUAUGAAUAUUGAAUAAAUUAUUUCAAAGACA